AUUUGCAGUUCAUUCUUAACUUGCUUGCAGGACGGAGAACGCACAUAAUCACGCUUAUUCCCAAACAGCAACAUGAUUUGUAAUAAACUGAGAAAAUGCUGCUGUUGUUUGUCACUCCAAACUGGAACGAAAAUUGUAGGACUCCUUUCCAUGUUGGGUGGAAUUGGUGGCCUUGCUCUCAGUCUGGCUCAAGUGAUUUCUAUUGUUAACUCCGAAUAUGUUAUUGGAAGUGAGAUUCUCCUGUCUUCCCUCGAUCGCUUGAUCGGUUCGCUUGUUGUUAUCGCCUUCACCGCUGCUGUACUAGUCGCCGCAUGUAAAAAUGGCAAGCCGAUGCUCCUAGUUCCCUGGCUAGUAUUAAAGUCCAUCUCGUUGUUCGUGACCAUUUUCUACUCGUUUUACGUCGGUGUCAGCUCUGCGGUGACAGGCGAUGAUCAAGACAUGUCUUACGUUUUUGGCCUCGUUAUUAUCGGAAUUGUCCUUUAUUCGUACUUAUGGUUGGUGGUCUACAGCUACUACCACGAACUAGUGACGGGAAUGAAGAAGGAAGCGCUAGUCAACGAAAAAUGUUGAUUGAAAAAAAAAGAUUGUAAAAGAAUAAGAUUAGUUUUCUAUUCCUAUAUUUUAUUAAUUCUUUCUAGCUGUUUUUCUUGCAUUUCUUUUUGCAUUUGGUUUUCUGCCCGCACACGUUCUCGUUAAGUCUGAAUAUAUUUAUUAGAACAAA